UCAGCCGUCAGGUAGCGUCUACAGCCCCUCCUCUCAGGGGCAGCGCACCUGAGCGGACAGGACGCCACACCUGGCUCACAUUGGAGCUGCGCUCAGUGCCGCGGCACAAAGACAACGGGAAAUAAACUGGCGUCGUUGGGACCGACUUCUCUUUAGGGGACAUGGAGCCGGCCUAUCGGGGUCUGGGUCGCUGUGUGUGCUGCUUCUGGCUCGCGGUGGUGUUUGACAUUGUGGGACUGGCCGUGCUCCUCCUCGGCGUGUUUGUCAACGUGUUUUUCUACGACCUGCUCAUCUACGCGGGCGCCAUCGUCAUCUUCCUCAGCCUCAUCUGGUGGGUGUUCUGGUAUUCUGGGAACAUCGAAGUGCCCCCGGCAGAGCUGGAGGAUGAUGUGGGGUUACUAAAAAAGAACAAGGGUGGACUUGGGGGUAUCAGCGGCGCCGUGAGGCGCCUCUCCAGCCGCGUGUCCACCGGUAUCCGAAACUCGUUCCGCAGGAACGGAGAACCGUCCGCUACCCGUACGGCCCGCAUGCCCAGGUCAGCCUCGGGGCCACCUGUGUCACCGCCGGAGCGGGUGACCGUAGCCAUGGCAACGAUGGGCAAUACCAUACAGACUGCUACCUCCUCAAUAGCAGACUGUGGCGUAGAGAUGCCCCACACCGCUACAGAGACAUCACCUGCAUAAUGACAGGCGUACAGAGACUACAGACAUACAGAGCCCUAAGCCAUCUUCAGUGACUCCAGCUACUGCAAAGCCUGUUUAUUCUUUGUGUUUUGAUGAGAAAGUAUUCAUAAAAAUGUGAUGUCUGCAUAGUUUUGUUGCGGGUUGUUGAGUCUAACAUGUCUAAAUAGAUUUGUCUUUUUAAUCAGUAUGUCCAAAUUGUGGCAGCCUGAAUCCGGGUAGUUUGACACUGGUACAGAUAUUGUAGUUCAGGGGUCCAACCAGUCAAAGGGUCUAAUCCAACCCACUGGAUGGCCCUGCAGACAAAUUUGAAUGUUAAAGUUUUUAUUAUAAUUCACUCCCAAUUAUGGUGUGAUGAUGUCAGGUUUAGUACACAGAAGUAGAAAAAUGUUUUUAAGUUUCCACGUCUCAUCUUCAAAGUUGUUUGUUUUUUAUAUAUAUAUCUAUCUAU